AUGACUGUAAGCACUAGCAGGCUGGCAGGUGUUGACUGCCUGCAGUUCGUGAACGCGAGCGCCGAGCAGCUACUGGGGCUGCGCGCGGGCUCCGACCUGCGCCGCGAGUGCCGCGUGGAGGACGGCGAGCUGAUGGCGCAGAGCCUCGCCGACGGCUGCGAGUGGACGGGCAACCUGGUGUGCCGCGAGCUGCGCGCCGCGUCCGUCGUGCGCGAGACCCGGGUCUUCCCCGUCGGCCUGCCCGGCAGGUGCGCGCCGUCCCUCACACCUCGUCGCCGCGACUCGCUGUCGCUGGAGAAGGAGCUGUCCUCGCCGGAGCGGAGCCUGGUGCCGGCGGGUCGCCGCGACUCGCUGUCGCUGGAGAAGGAGCUGUCCUCGCCGGAGCGGAGCCUGGCGCCGGCGGGUCGCCGCGACUCGCUGUCGCUGGAGAAGGAGCUGUCCUCGCCGGAGCGGAGCCUGGCGCCGGCGGGUCGCCGCGACUCGCUGUCGCUGGAGAAGGAGCUGUCCUCGCCGGAGCGGAGCCUGGUGCCGGCGGGUCGCCGCGACUCGCUGUCGCUGGAGAAGGAGCUGUCCUCGCCGGAGCGGAGCCUGGUGCCGGCGGGCGAGGAGGACUCGGAGUCGCUGCUGCCGCACUCGGCGCUCCGGCGGUCGCAGCUGGCGCCGCUGCGCGCGCAGGCCAGCAUUCCGCGCCUCUCCGCCGCGCGCCUGCCGCGCCCCGAAUCGCCCCCGCGCCUGACGCAGCCCCGACCGUCCGUCCCGGACGACAGCCCGCCGCAGCCCCAGAAACAGUCGUCGCCGCAGAAGGUGACCAGUCGGAUACCUGUGUUCCUGAGCCCGAGACCAAUGAACCAGUUGAAACCAGAAUCGAUGAGGCAGUACCAGAGUCAACAGGGCAACUACCAGCUGCAACUGUACGCUGAAUGCUGGGCUCGAGUCCCUGUGACUGAGGAGUCUGCCGCGCAGGACGACAGCAUGCCGAUCACGCUGAUUACCUGCCGGGCGAGGCCCUCCGAGAUGCUGGACCAGGUGCCCGUCUACACGGCCAUCUACGAGCUGCAGGCCAGCCUGCCGCAGAUGACGCAGCUGCUGCGCAACGCCAUGACCUGGGACUUCGAGAUCUUCCAGCUGGAAGAGCUGUCGGAGCAGCGGCCGCUGGUGCACAUGGGGCUGCGCCUGUUCCGCCACUUCGGCACCGCCGCCACGCUCGCAUGCGACGAGGCCACGCUGAGGAACUGGCUGGUGCUGAUCGAGAGCGGUUACCACCGCAGCAACCCCUACCACAACUCGACGCACGCGGCCGACGUGAUGCAGGGCAUCGCCUUCUUCGUGGCCGCGGAGAAACUGUCGGCCAUCCUGGACCCGCUGGCCCAGGCGGCGUGCCUGGUGGCGGCGGCCUGCCACGACGUGGACCACCCGGGCAAGAACACGGCCUUCCUGUGCCACAGCGAGCACCCGCUCGCCUACCUCUACAACGACACGUCCGUGCUGGAGAUGCACCACGCCUCCGUGUCGUUCCACCUGACGCUCAGCGACCCGCAGGUCAACAUCUUCAAAGGCUUGUCAAGGGAUCACUUUAAGACCUUAAGAGGCUACAUAAUUGAUAUGAUUUUAGCCACAGAAAUGUCCAAGCAUUUUGACAUAGUUCAAAAUUUUGACAGCACCAUCUUCAGAGCAGAGUCCAGUAUGAACCUGCAGGCGGACGAGGUGACGGGCCUCUACUCGCCGGAGACCGUGGCCCACAUCAGGAGGAUGAUGAUCAAGUGCGCCGACGUGUCCAACCCCACCAAGCCGGUGCACAUCUGCACCGAGUGGGCGCUCCGCAUAUCGGAGGAGUACUUCGCGCAGACUGACGAGGAAAAGGCCAGGAAUUUGCCAGUAGUAAUGCCAUUGUUUGAUAGAGAAACCUGUCCUAUACCGAAAGGUCAGAUUGGUUUCAUGGAUUUCAUUAUAAACGACUUAUUCAAAACCUGGACAGGGUUUGUUCACCUCCCUGAGCUUCUGAAACACAUGGAGGUAAACUUCAACUUUUGGAAAGACCUGCAAGACCAGAACAUUACAACGAAAGAAGAAAUAAAAUCAUUUUUGAAUCCAAACAAUCGUGGACAUUCGUAACCAAUUAGUCAUUUUUACAAAUAAAUCAUCUUUAUACUAGCA